AUGACUCAAGACCGAUUUAUAGGUGCCAUUGAUCAGGGCACCACAUCCACACGAUUCGUCAUCUUUAAUCAAGACGGCAAACUCAUAACAUGGCAUCAAAUGGAAUUUGAACAGCACUACUCACAUCCAGGAUGGGUGGAGCAUGAUCCCUACGAUAUUCUGGCUUCUGUCGAUACAUGUAUCGAACAUGCCGUGCGCAAGCUUGGACUGAUGGGCUACGAUGCUUCCAAUAUUGAAUGUGUAGGCAUCACAAAUCAGCGCGAAACAACUGUCGCAUGGGAUAGUGAAACUGGACACCCGCUGUGCCCUGCUAUUGUUUGGAGCGACAACCGUACUUGCCACACUGUGCAAGAAUUAGCUAAUCAAUCUCACUUGCCCAAGGAACAACAGGGUAUUGAAGCCCUUCGUGAUAUUUGUGGCUUGCCCAUCACAACCUACUUCUCAGCUGUUAAAUUGAAAUGGAUGUUGGACCAUGUGCCUGAAGUGAAAGAGGCACAUGAAAACAACCGCUUACAGUUUGGCACAAUCGAUACAUGGCUAAUUUACAACCUAACGGGAGGUGUUGAUCAUGGCGGUGUCCUGGUGACAGAUGUGACAAACGCAAGCCGCACGAUGCUGAUGGACAUCAACACACUACAGUGGAGUGAGAAAGCAAUAAACUUCUUUGGUUUCGGUGGUCUCAAACUGGCUAAAAUCAUGCCCUCUUCCUCCAUCUAUGGCAAAAUCAGCAGUGGCUCACUUCAAAAUGUGCCUAUCAGUGGCUGUCUAGGCGAUCAACAAAGUGCAUUGGUUGGCCAAAAGUGCUUCCGCACGGGUGAUGCCAAGAACACAUAUGGCACUGGCUGCUUCAUGUUGUUCAAUGUUGGUGAUAAGCCUGUGUUCUCCAAGAAUGGCCUGCUCAGCACGGUCGCAUAUCAAUUUGAUGGUCAAUCUCCGGUGUAUGCCUUGGAAGGAUCGGUCGCUGUUGCUGGCUCGUCUAUACAAUGGUUGCGAGACAACAUGGGCAUUAUAGACAAUGCGCAACAGAUCAAUGAAUUAGCAAGCAAGGUCAAAAGUACGGCAGGCGUCUAUUUUGUCACAGCAUUCAGCGGUUUGUUUGCGCCUUACUGGAGAAAUGAUGCUCGAGGCACUAUCUGUGGGUUGACACAGUUUACGAAACGAGAGCACAUUGCUCGAGCCACACUGGAGGCUGUCUGUUACCAAACUCGAGCCAUCCUGGAAGCCAUGAACAAAGACGCUCAGCAGCCUUUACGGUCACUCAAGGUGGAUGGCGGUGUCUCAAAUUCAGAUGUGUGUAUGCAAAUUCAAGCGGAUGUGCUGAAUAUAGAGGUAGAUCGACCUGAAAUGAGAGAGACAACAGCUCUCGGUGCAGCUAUUGCUGCUGGCUUGGCAAUGGGCAUUUGGAAGAGCAUUGAUGAUCUUCAGCAUGUAAACGAAGAUGGUCGAACUACAUAUAUAUCCCAAAUUUCGGAUCGCAAGCGUGAAAAAAUGUACAAUGGAUGGAAGGAAGCUAUUGAAAGAUCGUUCGGGUGGGCUGAUGUGCUAGGCCAUACAUCGGAUACGGAGGAUGAAGAUUACUGCUAG